AUGGAUAUACCAGAUGAUAGACCAACAGUAUCUGAAUUGAUAGAGUUUCAUGAGUUAUUGAUCAAAGGACAACUGGAGGAGUCUCUACCACUGCUUGAUGCUGAUACUAUAAGAAAAAUUAGAAAUGCCACUAGUGCUGAUGAAGAAAUGUCUUUCCUUAGAAGAGCAUUUGAAGAACAUCCAACACUGCUACAUGAAAUGAGAGAAGCUUCUGGAAAAAUAAAAGGUUCAUCACAAAAGACGCUAAAGUCUCCUCCCCCAGUAGCACCUAAACCAAGAUCAUUAUCACAAAGAGGACGACCUCGACCAUUGUCAACAACAAAAAAGGCACAACCACUUUCACAAACCACACAACCUCCACCAACAGCACCUAAACCACGCCAGUCAUCUACACAACCUCCACCACCAGUCCCUAAGCCACGCCAAAAAUCACUACUUACAUGUACACCAGCUUCACCUUCAGCACAGAGUAGACAACCACCUCCUGUACCUCCAAGACGUUAUAAUAAACCUUCUACAGAGACACCACCAGUACCAAAACCAAGAAGUAAAGCUGGUCCAUCAUCACAGCCACAAGUACUUGUUGCAACACCAGCAGCUCUACCUUCACCAGAAUACAUUACAAUGAAAGAAAUUUUAGCUGAUCUUGUUGAUCUGUUGGCAGGAAAUGUUCCAGUUAUUCCACAGUUAAAUAAUUGUCUCUUUUCAUCUCAUCUCAUUCCUAAAGCAGUACAUAUAACUGUUGAAAGUACUGCAGGACUUAGUCCUUAUGAUAGAGCUAAUAAAAUAUUCUCUUCAGUACUAGCAACACUUGAGUGUCAUCCUAAUCCUAACAGUGUGUUCUUUUCUCUCAUUACUUCACUACAGAAAGUAGGACUAAAGAACAUGGCAUCUAAACUAAUGGAAAAAUUAACCUCUCCUGAUAGGGAGAGGCUUAUUUCAGUAAUGCACUAA